AUGUCGCAAUCCGUCUCCGAGCAAAUGAAGGUGGAAACCGAUAUCAUCACCUUGACCCGCUUCAUUCUUGAAGAACAGCAGAAAUACGCUCAGGGGGCCACCGGCGAAUUGUCGCUCUUGUUGAACGGUCUCCAAUUUGCCUUCAAGUUCAUCGCACACAACAUCCGCAGAGCCGAGUUGGUGAAGCUCAUUGGCAUCUCGGGCACUGCCAACUCCACCGGCGAUGUACAAAAGAAGUUGGACGUUAUUGGGGAUGAGAUUUUCAUCAAUGCCAUGAAAUCUAGUGGCAAUGUCAAGGUGCUUGUUUCUGAGGAGCAGGAGGACCUUAUUGUGUUUGAGGGCGGUGGACGCUAUGCCGUCUGCACCGAUCCAAUUGACGGAUCGUCCAAUAUCGACGCGGGUGUCUCUGUCGGCACGAUCUUCGGUGUUUACCGCUUGAAAGACGAUCUGAAGGGCCUGAUCAAAGAUGUUCUCAGAAAAGGCACUGAAAUGGUGGCGGCAGGAUAUACCAUGUACGGUGCUUCUGCUCAUCUCAUGCUUACCACAGGACACGGUGUGAACGGAUUCACAUUGGACACCCAACUAGGGGAGUUUAUCUUGACGCAGCCCAACUUGCGCAUCCCAAAGUCUAGAGCCAUAUACUCUGUGAACGAAGGUAACUCCUACUACUGGCCAGAAAACGUCAAGAAGUACAUCGAGGACUUGAAAAAGCCACAGGACGAGUUGAAGGGCAAGCCGUACUCCGCGCGUUACAUCGGCUCCAUGGUGGCAGAUAUCCACCGGACGUUGUUGUAUGGAGGCAUUUUCGCGUACCCUGCGGACUCGAAACUGAAGAACGGAAAAUUGCGUGUGUUGUACGAGUGUUUCCCGAUGGCGUUGUUGAUGGAGGAGGCCGGCGGGUCCGCCGUAAACGAUAAAGGUGAGCGGAUCUUGGACAUAUUGCCCAAAGAGAUUCACGAGCGGUCAGGUAUCUGGUUGGGCUCAAAGGGCGAAGUCGACCGCUUCUUGAGUUACAUUUGA